CUUAAUUCCAUUCAUUGUAAGGUGGUUCCUUAUCCUCAUUGUGGCAACAAAACCAUAAACCAACAUUUGAGAGCAAGCAAUUUAAUCAUUCGUUCUUAACAAACUUAUUUAAAGCAGUCCUUUAUCGCUAGCGAUAACUAACGUAAAAAUACUGAUCUAAUUCCACAAUAAUAAAAAAUAGAAUGAUAAAGAUAACCAAAUGAAGUCCCCAAAACUGGUUUACUCUGUAAAGAAAAGUGUGCGUAUUCGCCAGUGAAGUUACCGUUUAACGAUGUCCUCCCCUUCUUUUUAACAGUAAGGUGUUGUCAAAUAUCAUGUCAGUACGGUUUUUCACAACAGCGAAACCACAUGUGUUGAAGUGAAAGUGUCUCGGUUUUAACAACAUUUUUCCGUGUGAGUGUUUCCUGCGGCCGUUGUUGCGGUAUGGUGAAAAAAUUCCAUGAAACAGGAGACUCAUUAAAUGGAAUAGUAACAAGAAACAAUGGCCCCACGUCAAACAACAAAAUUAAAACACACUAUCUUAACUUUGGCGAAGAAGAUCAGAUGGAAAUAUGUGGUUAUACGGCAAAUAACUUAAGGAAGUAUAUGACAUGGGCAGCCUACGUAGCUACUUUUGGAAUUUUACGACUGAUAUUCCACUGGUUCCCUCAGUGGAAAUUAUACGGAAGUCAUUCAAAAUGUCCCUUGAAUCAAGCAGAGAAAGUCCUAAUCGUGGAUAAAUACAAAGAAAAAUUCGAGACAUGCUUUGUGGAGGAUGUAAAAAUCUUGACCGCCAACCAACCAGAAGCCGUCAUCAGUAUUAACAACACAAAUUUUAAAAACGAAACAAACAAAAAAUUGCUCACUGUAUAUUUGAACGAUGGUACCAAAAAGGAUGUUAAAGAAAUGCGUAUCAUACAUUGCAAAAAAUUGACGUACGUUUGGGACGAAGAUAAAUAUAAAUUUAUAAAACUAAUCGGUUUGGAAAAAGGGAUAACGAAUUCAGAGUUUCACACACAAAAGGGCAACAACAAGGAUGAACAGCGUUUGAGAAGAAUUACUUAUGGUAUUAACGAAAUCAAUGUGCCAGUUCAAAGUAUCCUAACACUCCUGAUACUGGAAGCUUUAACUCCGUUCUACAUUUUCCAACUUUUCAGUCUUAUAGUUUGGUUCGCUGAAUCUUACUACUAUUACACCAUUGCGAUUGUUAUAAUGUCAGUAUUUGGAAUUUCGACUUCAAUCAUUCAAACUCGAAAAAACCAGAAAAACUUAAAAGGAACUGUUCUUUCUGCCGACAAAGUACUGGUGAAAUACGGUGACGACACCUUUGAAGAAAUACCAACGACUAAAUUAGUACCAGGUGAUAUGAUUGUAAUUCCAUCGCACGGCUGUGAUAUGCAGUGUGACGCCGUUUUACUUAAUGGCAACUGCAUAGUUAACGAAAGUAUGCUCACAGGGGAGUCAGUACCAGUAACAAAAACUGCGCUUCCAAAUAACGAUAAGUUCUACGAUUUUAAAGAACACAGCAAUCAUACGCUUUUUUGUGGUACCAAAGUUAUUCAAACUCGGUAUUACAGUAACGAAGUUGUGCUCGCAGUGGUCACCCGAACUGGGUAUUUAACCACUAAAGGACAACUAGUAAGAAGUAUUAUUUAUCCACCUCCGGCCGAUUUUAAAUUUGACCAAGACAGCUACAAGUUUAUUAUGAUUUUGUCAGUGAUAGCUCUAGGUGGAUUUAUCUACACAAUUUUUUCAAAGUAUUCCAGGCAUAUAGCGGCGUUAGAUGUUUUGAUUAAAGCUUUAGAUCUAGUCACGAUCGCCAUUCCACCGGCGCUACCAGCCGCAAUGACCGUAGGAAAAUUAUAUGCUUUAAAUAGACUAAAAAAGAAAAAAAUCUGUUGCAUUAAUUCCAGAGUUAUUAAUGUUUCCGGUUCAGUCGACUGUGUUUGCUUCGAUAAAACGGGGACUUUAACUGAGGAUGGUUUAGACAUGUGGGGAGUGGUACCAGUCGUAAACAAACAAAUUGAAAAACCUAUUAAGGAUAUUCACAAUCAGACGAAAGAUUUUUUGAUAUGUAGAGGAAUGCUUACCUGCCAUUCUCUGACUCUUAUUGACAGUAAACUCAGCGGUGAUCCAUUAGAUAUCAAAAUGUUUGAAUCCACGGGCUGGACGAUGGAAGAACCAAUGAUCUCAGACACGUCAAAGUACGAUCUUCUAGUACCAACAAUAAUCAGAGAAACAAAAUUAGACCAAACAAAUGCAGAAGAAAUAGGAGUUAUACAGCAGUACCACUUUUCAUCGACUCUUCAGUGCAUGAGUGUGAUUUGUAGAAGACUCGGCUGCGAAUACUUUGAGGCCUUUACUAAAGGCGCCCCUGAAAAAAUAAUUUCAUUAUCUAAACCUGAAACAGUUCCUACAGAUAUAUUGAAUGUUUUGAAAGAAUACACUGAAAAAGGGUACCGCGUUAUUGGGGUAGCUACCAAAACAAUCACCGGUGUACCUUUUCAUAGAAUUCCAAAACUCCAACGAGAAGAAAUCGAAUGUGAUUUGGAGUUUCUGGGUUUUAUAGUAUUAGAGAACCGUUUAAAACCUCAAACUUCGUCUGCCAUAACGACACUGAAAAACGCCGGCAUGAAAAUUGUAAUGCUAACAGGUGACAACAUCCAAACAGCCGUGAGUGUAGCUCGCGAAUGUGGAAUCAUCUACCCAGGACACAGCGUAAUUGAUGUUAUAACAAUAAAACCUACGAAAACUGAUGUAGCUAAAGUUAGAUACCAAGAUUUGGGGGCAGUUUUGUCGUACUCGAAUCUAACAGAUGUAGAGAAAUUCCCAGAACGAAAGUAUCAGCUUAUUCUUAGCGGAACUGCAUGGAGUGACAUCAAUCGAUAUUUUCCACAACUCAUUCCAAAAAUCGUGGCUAAAGGUGUCGUAUUCGCUCGAAUGUCUGGACUACAAAAGCAACAAUUAGUAGAGGAAUUGCAAAAUUUGGGGUACUAUGUGGCGAUGUGUGGUGACGGUGCUAACGACUGUGGUGCUUUAAAAGCAGCAAAUGUGGGAAUCUCUCUAUCAGAAGCGGAAUCUAGUGUGGCGUCACCUUUCACCUCUCAAGAAUCUAACAUAUCUUGCACAAUUGACGUAAUCAAAGAAGGCCGGGCAGCACUGGUCACUUCUUUCGGCGUUUUCAAGCUGAUGUUGUGCUACAGUUUAACAGAAUUCGCUUCAGUUAUUAUUUUAUACGCCAUAGAUACAAAUCUGACUUCACUACAAUUUCUCUUUAUAGACAUUUGCCUCAUUCUUAACUUUGCGUCGUUUUUUGGGAAAACUGAAGCUUAUAACAAAUUAGAGAAAGGCCCACCGAUGACUUCCCUUCUGAGUUUCCUUCCACUAGCGUCAAUUAUUUUGUUCAUGCUGGUUGUCGUCGUGGUUCAAAUUUUCGCCUAUUACUUUAUUCAAACCUACGAUUGGUUUGUUCCCUUUGUUUUUAACCCCGACAACACCAUCUAUUACAGCUGUUACGAAAACUACGCAGUUUAUUGUGUCUCGAUGUUUCAGUACAUCAUUAUGGCCGUGAUUUUUUCUAAAGGCAAACCAUAUCGAAAAGCGAUUUACACCAACUACAUCUUCCUCUUUACAAUUAUGUUAAUGAUUGCUGUUUGCUCUUAUAUUACGCUGGAACCAGCUCACUGGAUUGUAGAAGCUCUAGAGUUAAAAAUGCCCCCAUUAUAUGACGGCCGAAUCUUCGUACUAAUUAUAGCUUUAGCGAAUUUUGUAAUUUGCAUGUUUAUGGAGGAAAUUGUCGUCGAUUAUUUCCUUAGAAAAUUUGUUAGACCACGAUUCCAAAAUAUAGAUAAGUCUAGAAAAAAAUAUUUGACUGUAGAAAAAGAAAUUACGGAACAAGCAUGGCCAAAUACGAGAUCGCAUAGUGGUACUUUUGAAAUUAUCAAAGAAGGAUGUGAAAACAAUACUACUACUUCUAACGUUGUAGAAAUCACCAAGUUCUAAAUUAAAUAAAUAAAACUGUCGAUAGUUUAAACUCAUUGUAUUUAGUGAAUUGUUUGUAAAUGAUAUCUAGUAUUUAUUAAAACUAAAUAUAAGUACGGAAAA